AUGGGAACAUACCAGGUUCUGGGAAUCAACUACAACAAUUACACAAUCCGAGUCAAAGAUCCUGGCAUUCGGGAGGGUGAUUGCUCCUCCCUCCCUCGCUAUUUCUUAUCCCGAUCUAAUUUCAGCGACACUUAUAAUGGUUCAUUCGAAUAUGAUAGGAAUAAUCCCUAUGCUGUCUUUCUAGAAGCAUCCGCAGGUUUAGAGGCUACAAUCGACAACGUCAUUUACCUGAAUUGUAGUGAUCCGGUGAGGGACGAUGCGGACUAUGUGGAUACGGCUCCCUGCGUGGACUGGGGAUCCAAAGGAGAUGGAGGAGGUCAUGUUUAUGCUGUAGUUGGAGACUUAGAGGCUGGGAGGUCGAAACCUGAGUGUCGUGUGAAAUCAGUGGCCACCAUAGUUUCAGAUUGGAGUUCAUUCCUGAGGCGGAGAAGCUACUCAUACGCUGAUAUUCACACAGUACUUUCCCAUGGUUGA